AUGGCUCACCACCAACACCGUGACCACCAAGUACCCAAGCUGCAAACCAUUCUGAGGAUGGUCUUUUCUUCAGAUCAGCCCUCGCUUUCCGCAGACCAGGACGUCGAAGUGGUAGACGACGGUGACGAGCCCCCGGAUCAUCCUAACAACCACCGCAUAUACAUGAAAUCGCCUCCGGCAAUGGCCGAGAAGAAAGAGUCGUUGCUCACUCGAGCUCUGUUGAGGAGCCCUGACCUCACCCCAGCAGACCGUGCCCGCAAAGUCGCCUACCCGGUCAGCAACGCAAGUGGUCAUUCCAGCGCCGAGCUGACUAGCGAUGGUGACCUCACCAGCCCUGCCUACUCCAACACCUCCAGUCCGCCACACCUGUCCACACUUCAACUCACUGCUCCCGCUCUAGAACCAAGGAUAGCUUCGCCCCCUUCAGAUCCCAAUGAAUCGAAAGUCGAGGCAGAUCUCGGACGCAAGCGUUGCAUCAGCUUUGCCUGUGCACGCCAACCGGCCCCGCCAAAGGAACCCGAAAAGAAGAGGACACCAUCCGAGAAUGCUGCUGCUGCUGCUACGUCUAAGCCCCCACAACGCAAGACGACACUAACUUUCGCAUGUCCGAUACGCCAAAGUGAAGACAGACCUGCCAACAGAAGAACUUCCUCGUACACGUCGCGGUCUAGUCGGUCGCCUGCACCGCCCUCCCGCCGUCCCUCUCAAGACUCCUCCACGAAGAAUACUGCAGCACUAGUAACAGGGCCAGCGCCCGCUGCUCCAUCGAACAGAAAGCCCGGUGGUUUCCACGUGACUGGGUUGGGUGAUUUCAAGCCCUCUGAAGAGACCCGAUUUCACGAGUUCGCUAGCUCUCUCGACGAGGUCGAUGAGUGGGUUGCGCGGUCGACGGAGCAUGAACAGAAAAUUACAUUGGCUGAUUGCAUGAAGAAAGAGAUGGCCAUCCGAAAAUUAGGAGAAGAAGCCGAAGCCGAAGCCAUUGCGGAAGAGGAAGCAGAAGACGAGGAAGACAAGGAGGAAGACGACGACGAAGACGACGAUGAUGAACAGGAUGAAGACGACAUCGAUGAUGAUGCCGAAACAGUCCAUGAUUCGUCCUCGGACGGCGGCAAUGAAUCCGAUAAUGAGGCUGGGUUUGCUGAUUCAGAUGACGAGAGCGAUGGCAACCCUGAAUACGAAUUUUGGGCACCGUCGACGACUACUGCGGCAACCAGUGCUGACAAUUUGGAUCUUGUACGCUUGGCAGCCGAACGUCGUAAUUCUAAUACCUCCAUCGACUCUCUUAAGCACGAAGGUAGCCAGGGUCUGCCAUCGCCUGUGGGUUCGAAAAGCAAAAGUCGCCGCGCCAUCAACAUCCCCAGAGCACCUACUCCGGAUCUGCCGGAUAGCACUGAUUUCGUGUGCGGAACCCUAGAUGAGGAUCGUCCGCUGGAAGCUGCUUACCUGUCAUGCAUUGAGGAAAGACGUCGCAAAAAGCAUGUCCCUGUUCCACAGGACAUUGACCCCAGCUUCCCUACUACGGAUCCAGAAGACAAUGAUGAUGAUGACGACGACUUGGAAGUGGACGAAGCAGAGGACGAUGUAGCAACUGCUGCUCGGAUAGAGGAAGAUCUUCUUCGUGGCAGGUCGAAGGGGAAUAACAAGAAGACGUCCCGUACUUCUCCCCGACGACUGCAUUACCCUCCACCACGGGCACAUGCACAUAUUUCGCCUAAGCGGGUGAAGUCGCCGGCGCCUCCUAAAGCUAGGAAUGUGCUGUCCGCUGGUUUGCCUUCGAUUCAGAUCCCCGUUCCAGCUGCCACGGGAGUCAACAUCACAGGUCCCGUGCAGCGUCCUUACUACAGCCGGACCAAGUCUCUGCCGCGCACUCCGAAUCCGUUUUUCAUUCGUCUCGAAGGGUCAAGACAUCAUUAUCAUCAAGCUUCGUCGGUGAACUCCACAGAAGGAGCAGUGUCUCGCAGUCGGGAGCCUCACACGCGUGGGCCGAUUGACAUUAUUCAAGGGCUUGAACGCAAACGACAAAAGCGCAAGGAAAAAUUCUGGCGACAACAGUGUCGCAAGGCUGCAGCCAAGGAGCAAUCAGAGCGUCGUGCAGCGCGCGGAAAAGGCGCAGAGCGCAUGAAAGAGCUCGGGCUCGAAGUGGCUGAGCGAUUUAAAGCAUACGGUGUUAACAAAGAUACCCAAUUGAUGUUGUCUGUUUAG